AUGGGAGACAGCGAGGCCAUGGUUUCCGAGGGCUAUACCUCUGCACCAUAUGGAGAGUAUAAUGCUUCUGCUGCUACUGUGGAAUCGACAGGGCAAGAAAAUGCACCGAAUGUUGAUUCAUCUCAAUCGGUCAAUAAUGUUUCUUUGGUCAAUGGGACUGCCCCUGAAGGAGGUUCAAGUGCGCCAGUUGAGAAUGGAAACGCAGCAGAUAACGUGGCUGUAACAGCUCCAGCAGCGGAGCAUGGAGACAAUCCCGGCUCUAUUCUUUCACCGGAAGAGGAGCGCCUAUGGAAUAUCGUAAGGGCUAAUUCUCUAGAGUUCAAUGCUUGGACUGCUCUGAUUGACGAGACAGAGAGGAUAGCUCAGGACAAUAUAGCAAAAAUCCAGAAGGUCUAUGAUGCUUUCCUUGCUGAAUUUCCUUUGUGUUAUGGCUAUUGGAAAAAGUAUGCGGAUCAUGAGGCUCGGGUGGGGGCAAUGGACAAGGUCGUGGAGGUUUAUGAAAGAGCAGUGCAGGCGGUGACAUAUUCAGUGGACAUCUGGCUGCAUUAUUGCGUUUUUGCCAUCAACACAUAUGGAGAUCCAGACACGAUCAGAAGGCUUUUUGAACGAGCUUUGGUGUAUGUUGGAACUGAUUUUCUGUCCUCUCCACUGUGGGAUAAAUACAUUGAGUACGAGUACAUGCAGCAGGACUGGAGCCGACUUGCCAUGAUUUACACCAGGAUACUGGAGAAUCCUAUUCAAAAUCUUGAUAGAUACUUCAGCAGCAUUUUGUCUGUUGUUGAUAAGUGUUAUUCUUGCUACAGCUUUAAGGAACUAGCUGAAACACGGCCUCUGUCGGAACUAAGGAGUGCUGAGGAAUCUGCGGCAGUGGCUGCUGCUAGUGAUGCUUCUGAAAGUGUACCAUCUGAGUCUGAUGGAAAGGCAGAUGAAGGAAAAUCUCAAGCUGAUGGGUCCUCCGAACCAUCUCUUAAAUUGGAAAGUACUGGUUUAACUGAUCCCGAGGAGUUGAAGAAAUACAUUGGCAUCAGAGAAGCCAUGUAUAUAAAAGCCAAAGAAUUUGAAUCUAAAAUCAUCGGUUUUGAAAUGGCUAUAAGAAGGCCCUAUUUCCAUGUGCGGCCUCUCAAUGUUGCAGAGCUAGAGAAUUGGCAUAACUUUCUGGAUUUCAUAGAGAAGGAUGGAGACUUCAAUAAGGUGGUCAAGCUGUAUGAAAGAUGUGUAGUUGCGUGCGCAAAUUACCCUGAAUACUGGAUUCGAUAUGUAUUAAGCAUGGAAGCAAGUGGAAGUAUGGAUCUUGCAGACAAUGCCCUUGCUCGAGCAACUCAAGUGUUUGUCAAGAGGCAACCAGAAAUUCACCUUUUUGCUGCUCGGUUGAAAGAGCAGAAUGGGGAUAUAGCUGGUGCUAGAGCUGCAUUCCAAUUAGUGCACUCUGAAAUUGCUCCCGGGCUUCUUGAAGCUGUAACUAAACAUGCGAACAUGGAGCAGCGACUAGGAAAUCUGGAUGAUGCUUUCUCUUUGUAUGAGCAAGUGAUUGCUGUUGAAAAGGGAAAAGAAAACUCUACAUUACUGCCGCUGCUGUAUGCUCAGUAUUCAAGGUUUUCAUACUUGGUUUCAGGGGACGCUGAGAAAGCUAGGAAGAUUGUAGUCGAAGCUCUUGAGCAAUUGCAACCGUCAAAACCUCUCAUGGAAACACUGCUUCAUUUCGAGAGUAUUCUGCCACCACCAAGACAGAUUGAUUUCCUUGAGCCGUUUGUUGAAAAAGUUAUAAAGCCAAAUGCAGAUACUCAGAACAUUGCAAGUUCCACUGAGAGAGAAGAGCUGUCGUUAAUAUAUAUAGAGUUUCUGGGCAUGUUUGGAGAUGUUAAGUCCAUAAAAAAAGCGGAAGAUCAACACGCUAAACUCUUUUUACCUCGCCGGAGCACAUCAGAGCUGAGAAAGCGUAGCGCAGAUGAGUUCCUCUCCUCAGACAGAACAAAGAUGGCCAAAACUCUCAAUGGUACUCCGCCUGCACAGCCAGUGUCCAAUGCAUAUCCAAACGCACAGACUCAAUGGUCUGGUGGCUACGCUGCACAGCCUCAGACUUGGCCACAAGCACAAGCCGCUCCUGCACAACCACAACAGUGGAACCCUGCCUAUGGCCAGCAGGCUGCGUAUGGCGCAUAUGGUGGCUAUCCCGCUGGUUAUACAGCUCCACAGGCACCAGCACCCGUGCCACAGGCCGCUGCUUAUGGCGCAUAUCCUGCUCAGGCAUAUCCAGCACAAAGCUACGCUCCUCCGGUUGCAGCUGCAGCACCAGUGGCUGCGCCGGUCCAGCAACCCGCUGCUGCUGCACCUCAAGCUUACUACAACACUUACUACUGA